GUAAACAGUCGUGUGUACAACAGUCGCGAUCUUCAUGAUCUAUCAGUGUUGGCAUAUUGUUCCUGAAGGAUGUGGAUGAUCCUAGUAGGUUUAAAGUAUUUUUGGCCGGGGUUUAUUCGAGAGCACCACUAUCGACUACAGAUUUGUUCUAGUUCUCCUGUAUUUUGCUCACAUUAUUUAUGAGGAAAGGUGUGCGAAUUCGAAUGUAUUGAUCUGUGUUAAGUACGCCGGAGGCUGGGCUUCCCGGGAUGAGAAGAAAAUUUCAACAACGCGAGGCUGAUCUCUUUUGCCGUCGUGCUUCUUUCCUUUUCGCAGGUCUCGAUAUAGUAAUAGUGUCUCUCUGUGGUGCCCCCCCCGACGAUGUGAGUACUAAUGUGGUUGGUGUGUGAUGUUGCUGGUCGUGUCGGUCCCCGCCUAACGCUUCGGUCGACCGUCAUAUGAUUUACGUACCGCUUCUAGUUCCAGACAAGGAGUUGUAGUCUAUUUCCCGUUCUGUACGACUACGACAGAAACAGGUGAAGACUCAUUGUUUUUUUUUUCCUCUACUCAGUAGACAUUGACACAAGCACAACGGGGGCCAGAAGAGCACAAAGCGACGGAGAUGAGGUUGACGAGGAUUGCGAUUGAGUUGGGGUUUCCGUGUCUUGUCCUGAAACCGGGAGCUGCUCCCCGCCUGCUCAACGUAAUCUCGGUUUACCUACUCGUCCCCGGACCCGGAGGUGGCCCAUCAACAAGUAGUAUACCCCACCUUUCCGUCGUCCACGCCGCCGUUUCGACCGCGAGUUGCGAUUCGCUGACCUCUUGUUCCCCCUCUGAGUGCACCGUCAGCUCCGAUGCAGACUGCACGUUCAACACGAAUGUGCCCGAUUGGUCCAAUGUGGUCUCCUCGCAACUGCAGUGCAAGACGUGCACAGUGUCGACCCACAACAAGUGCGCCGCCGCCUUGCCCUUGGCGGCGGCGAGAACGAGUGACGCCGGCAGUUCGAUUCAGGCAAUUUACUGCAACGACGAGUAUUUAAUCGUGGCCGCGUCCGGGUUACCGCCAGCCUACAACCCCGGGCAGACGGGCGGCGACCUGUACUUGAAAUCCACCCCCCUCCCGCCCGGCGGGAAUACCGCCUGCCGGGUGCGAACGGCGGCGGCACAGCUGAACGUGUUCAAAAUUCCGCUGAACCCGACACAAGUAGCCGCCGGCCAGUCGAACACCAUCGCGAAUCCGCUGAACAACGUUCCCGGCAUGCCGAACGCGGGGGCGAUUGCCGUCGCCAUCGACGGCAUUCCCAUGUUCCCCAACUACAACAACCGGGGGCUCUUCACCUGGACCAGUUGCGAGGUGGACCGGUGCAACGCACACAGCGGGAAAGGCGAGGACUACCACUACCACGGCGACCCCUUCGGGACGAAGUGCCUCUACACCGAGGCAGACUUUACCGACGCAACCAACGGCCACCCGCCAUUGAUCGGGUGGAGUCUGGAUGGGUACGAUGUGUACGGACGGUACACGAAAACCACGCAAUAUCCUGUGCAAAAGUAUCGCACUCGUACAAAAACUAAUGCAAGUCUUGCAUCACAAAUCUUGUUUCCAAGGCAAAUCUGCAUUACAAAUUUUAUUUCAUCUCAUGCUGAGAAAAUUUGUAAUGCAUUUAUAUUACAAGUGCGAUACCAUACUUUUGCAUUUCAUACGCAACUCGGGCAAGCAACCGCGCUAGACGCUUGCGGCGGCCACGAGCAUGGUACAACAACCGGGGGCGGCGUAACGUCGAUAACGGGCUAUCACUACCACCCGGAAGUUGAGCAGAAAACGACCUCUUCGCUCGAUGGCACCAAUUUGAACGGAGCGACCGUGACCUACACGGCGUAUAAGCUGGCGCCGAUGGAGUGCUGGAAGGGCUAUGCAUUGCAAAAGUAAUAGCGUACUCGUAGUAAUUGCAAUCCUGCGUCACAAAUCUCCAUUCCAAGGUAAAACAGCAUGACAAAUUCAUUUGUCAUGCCGAGCACGCAAUAACAACCAGUACCAGUGCGAUGCUUUUGCAGUGCAUAAGGGCAACGUCGGCGCGAUUCCGAACUUCUGGACCAGUAACAACGGGCAGGCGCUGUACGACAGCACCAAGAGCGCGAACGGGCUUUUGUCCCGCGCAGACUUGGAACAGCUGAAGCCCUGUUGUAGCAUGACCACCGCACAGUACUUUCUCCGGGCCGGCGUGACCGGCUUUCAAGGGCUGACAGGUGGCACUAGUUCUUCUUCUUCUUCUUCGCCGACCCCAUCGCCGUCUCCAACUCCCACCACUACAAGUUCUCCUACUCCGACACCAACACCCGCUCCGAGCACGAGCAGUACUAGUAGUGCCACUACGUGCACGUACGGCACCUGUGGGUCGGGAAACGACAACACGGGGCGGCGCUGCCCCGCACAGUACGGGAACGGCAGACCCGAUUGCCCGCCCGGCUGCACGGCGGUACCGGCGACAGGAUGUAGCACAACGAGUAGUGCAGGAACGUCCUCACCUUCUCCGACACCGUCUGCUGCAGCUGCCCCCUCGCCGUCCCCCUCUCCCAGCCCGAUCACCGUGAACAGUGCGGCCUUUCGCAGUACGCGUGGAAGGACCGGCCAUGGGGUGCUGUGGGCUUGGAGCCUUGACAGUUUCUGGGAUCGGGCCGUUGCCGUGGUGAACAUGAUGCUGGUACCGAUGGUGUUUAGCAAAUUCUUCCACGGCUAUCUGUUUCUACCCAGUUACUGCAUCGCGUGA